ACGAAAGUUUUUUUUUGUAAAAUAUAAACUUGUGUUUGUGUGCAUUCCAUUCGUUUGAUUUACAAAACACUGUUUUGACAAAUUAUACACGAACAUCUAACCUCAGGUGGAAUAUGAUACACAGGAUAUCUUUCGAUAGCGAUAAGCGACCUCUAUCAUAAAAAUACCACGGUGUGAAUGUCUGAUAAAAUUUAUCAUUUGCCUAGAAAUCGAUGUUUUUGCGUCAAAACAACACUGGUACACGCAAGUAGUAGAAGGUAUUUGUUAAUAGGCGACCAUAAAGGGAUAAGCGAUGAAACAUGGCAAAUUCCCCAGCCAUUGGUAUUGAUCUGGGCACAUCUUUUUCUUGUGUGGGCGUGCUCCAUCAUGGCCGAGUAGAAAUUAUUGAAAACGAUCAUGGUAACAGACUCACCCCCAGCUAUAUUGCCUUCACAGACACUGAAAGGCUCGUUGGAGAUGCAGCUAAAAACCAGGUUGCAAUAAAUCCAACCAACACCUUAUUUGACGUAAAGAGAUUGAUAGGAAGAAAAUUUGAAGAUCCAACUGUCCAAUCUGAUAUGAAGCACUGGCCAUUUGAAGUAGUAAGCGAUGAUGGCAAAGCUAAGCUGAGAGUCGAUUACAAGGGCGAAAAGAAGUAUUUUUUACCCGAAGAAAUUUCUUCUAUGGUUUUGAGCAAAAUGAAGGAAAUUGCAGAGGCUUUCCUUGGCAAGACUGUUACCGAUGCUGUGAUAACUGUACCCGCCUGGUUCAACAACUCUCAGAGACAGGCUACUAAAGAUGCUGGUACCAUUUCUGGCAUGAAUAUACUCCGUAUUAUCAAUGAGCCUACAGCAGCUGCCAUUGCCUAUGGGUGGGACAAAAAGGAUGGAGGUGAAAGAAAUGUGCUCAUCGUUGACUUUGGUGGUGGUACCUUCAAUGUGACCAUCGCUUCCAUUGACGACGGCGUUUUGAUAGUGAAGUCAACCGCUGGUGAUUCACAUUUGGGUGGUGAAGAUUUCGACAACCGAAUGGUGGAAUACUUCAUCCAUGAGUUCAAGAGAAAACAUAAGAAGGAUAUGAGAGACAACAAGCGUGCCGUACGUCGUCUCCGAACAGCUUGUGAGAAGGCAAAGAAAACGUUAUCCUCCAGUACACAGGCCAGCAUUGAGAUUGAUUCCCUGUAUGAUGGUAUUGAUUUCUUCACAAGUAUAACAAGAGCCAGAUUUGAAGAGUUGAAUGCCGAUCUCUUUCGACGCACACUGGAACCGGUUGAAAGGGCUUUACUUGAUGCCAACAUGGACGAGGUUGGUGUCCAGGACAUCGUCUUGGUUGGUGGCUCCUCCAGAAUUCCAAGAGUCCAGAAGCUCCUUCGGAACUUCUUUAAUGGACAGGAGCUCAAGCAAGGCAUCAACCCCGAUGAGGCUGUUGCCUAUGGUGCAGCGUUGCAGGCUGCCAUCCUUCAUGGGGACAGGUCUCAAGGAGUUCCUAACAUCCUUCUGGUGGAUGUUGCCCCAUUAUCCCUGGGUAUAGAGACCCCUGGAGGUGUGAUGACAUCGAUAAUAAAAAGAAAUAGCAUAAUUCCGAAAAGUUUGACGAAAACAUUUACAACAUACGAGGACAACCAGUCGAGUUUUCCCAUCCAUGUGUACGAAGGUGAGAGAGCCUUAACCAAGGACAACAACCUGCUUGGAAAGUUCGAACUGACCGGAAUCCCACCUGAACCCAAAGGUGUGCCCAAAAUUGAGGUGACCUUCGACAUUGAUGUCAACAGUAUUCUCAAAGUCACUGCUGCAGACCAGAGCACUGGCAAGAAGACCAAGAUCACCAUCACUAUAAAUCACAAGGGUCGACUAAGCAAGGAAGAGAUUGACCGAAUGGUGAAUGAUGCCGAGAAAUACAAGCAAGAGGACGAACAACAGAAGAAGCGCAUGACAGCAAAGAAUCAGUUGGAGAGCUACUCGUUCAACAUGAUGACCACCAGCAUAAGGGAUGAGAAUAUAAAGGGGAAGAUCAGCGAGGAGGACAAGAAGACCAUCUUGGACAACUGUAACGCGAUCAUUGCUUGGGUGGACAGCAACCAGCUGGCUAAGAUGGAGGAGUAUGAACACAAACAGAAGGAGUUGGAAGGCGUGUGCAACCCGAUAAUCACCAAGCUCUACCAAAGGUGCAUUUGAUUAAAAUAGUAUUAGGUGCACGUAAAAUUUGUAAUUAAUUAUGGGUUAAUUAUGCGAGUUGAAAUCACCUGAACCAGGUUAAAAUCAUGUAUGCUUUUCAUUGACCGGUUCAAUGCGGUGAUUCUAUUUUUAUUCAUUUCGUACUAUUAACAUUUUAUGUUCUGUUUUAAAGCAGGUGAUAAGGAAAUACAUUUCUCUCAUGUUAGAGUUUUGGAGUUUAAUGAUUUGCUUGGUAAGUUCUGUUACCAAUACGAUCUUACUUUUUUUCCUGUUGUAUUAACAUUUAGUGUUCUGUUUUAAAGCAGGUGAUAAGAAAAUAAAUUUCUCUCAUGAUAGAGAUUUGGAGUUUAAUGAUUUGCUUCGGUAAGUUCUGUUACCAAUACGGUCUUACUUUUUUUCCUGUAGCCUUUAAUUUUUGAAUCAAAAUCAACGUUAUUUAUCAAAUUUUAUACAUGUAAAUGAAGGUGGAAUAUUUGUUAAUGAUUUAUUGUUAAAUUAUGCAUAAGUCGUCUUAUUGAAAUCAUACUUCGUACAGAAAUAGAACGAUUAGUUCUGGCUUUUAGAACUUUAAAUGUCGCUUAAUUUGAUGACUUUGCACUUUGCGCAACAUACAAACAGGUCUAGUAAGUACUACAGAAUAGUUUAGCUAAAGUUUUCUUCUGUUAUAGAAAGACCAGUGUACAUUCUAACAGAAUGUUGUAAUGUCUUUUUAUUAUAUACCAUAGACAAAUCACACAAUUUUAGCUUUGAAUACAAUUAAAUCAUAUUUCAAAAUGGCAAAGGCUCCUGCUGGAAAGACCGCUUCUGAUCAACAACAGUGCACAUAAAGCUUGAAGUCGUAUCACCUGGUCCUUGCACAGCUUCUACGUGUUCAAUCAGAUUUGGUAGGGAAGUCACCGUGCAAAUACUAUAACUAAGUGGAAUUGUGCUUAAAUAUAUGCACCGAUUUACUUACAAACUCUGUGAAAAGAUUCUUUGAAUAAUGUGUAUUAAAAUCAUAUUUUGGCUCAA